AUGGGGCCUGCCUACUUUACCUGGUUCCCGCAGCUCCCGGUCGAGAUUCGGCUGCAGAUUUGGCAACUCGCGCUCGAACCCGAGGCGCCUAGCCCUGUGCUUUUUUGUUUCAAAGAAGGGUGCUGGAAGCCGAGGUACCUCACCCGUUCAGAUCCCGAGUUCAAUUGCAACGACGACGAACUUAACUUGGUGUUUGAGUUCAGGCACGAGCUGCUGGAUCAGGCCGGCUUUACGGUGCCGUUGUUCUCUGUCAGUCGCGAGGCCCGCUCCGUUGCUCUGCCGUGCAUUUUGUCGCAGGAGCUGCGACGCGGCCAAGACACGGCCUCGUGCAUCUUUGUGCGGCGGUACGAUCCAUGGCGCGACCUUCUUCUUCUACCCACCCCCGCCAUUCUCCGCGCCUUUCUCGUAGAGCCAAUCGAAAGACUCUUUGAGCCAGACCUGGAUCAGAAGUAUGUCAACUGUCCUCACCCGCUCAUCUCGCGCCUCGCAAUCACCCUGUCUGGUCUGGCCUCGCUAGAAACUUGCUUCUUCGGGCUGUGGGAGAAUUGCCAUCUGCUAGAGAUGGUCUAUGUCGUCAUCGAGGAGCCAGAGGAUAUGCAAGAGCGGCAAGAGGGCCAUCACUGGGAGGCUGUGAGCGCACACGACGCGGUGUAUGUGUGGGAUGCGAGCCAACGCCGUAUGACGUGGUGCGGUGAGCACAAGCGGGACGAACCCCUGCGUGAGGUGUUUGCGCAGAUGGAGAGAUGCACAGAGGGCCUAGUCAUGAAGCUCGUUGAGCUGGGAAAGGAUCGGUUUGAGAUGCGUGUUGUGCAUGCGGUUCCGAGAUAG